AUGGAGGUGUCUUCAGUCCUGAACACACUCCAGGAAGACCUCAUCUGUCCUGUCUGCCUGAAUUACCUGACUGACCCUGUCACCAUCAACUGUGGGCACAAUUUCUGUAAUUCCUGCAUCCGAGUAUUAUGGGAGAAUCGACAGAACACAUUCCUCUGCCCUGUCUGCCGAUAUCCACAUGAGGAGAGGAAUCACUUCCGUGCCAACCCUCAGAUGGAAAGGCUGGUUGACCUGGUCAAGUGUCUCCACAUCUCCAGGAAUGAGGAGACAAGGCAGAAAGAAGCAAACAUGUGUGGAAAGCAUAACUUGGCACUGAAAUUGUUCUGCGAAGAUGAUCAAGAGCUAGUGUGCGUCAUAUGCAGCUUUUCCGAUGCCCACAAGAAUCACAGUGUGAGGUCCAUAGGGGAAGCUGCCUCAUAUCAUAGGCAAAAGCUCUCCCUCUACAUCCAAACCCUGAAGAAGCAGAUAACAGAAAGUCAGAUACUAUUAUUCACCCUAGAAAAAUACCAACUAGAACUGAAAGAGCAGGUUGGAAAGCUUAAAAGUAGAUUAACCUCUGAUUUCGAAUUCGUGCAUCUGCUUGUAAAACGUGUGCAAAUGGCAACCUACUCCAGAUUGGAAGAAGAAGACAGUGAUUUUCAACAGAAAUUUAAAAUCAAUAUUGCUGAAAUUUCUGAUCAUAUUUCCACCAUGAAAAGUCUACGGAAGGAGUUGGCAGAAAAGUGUGUGAUGUCCAAGGGGAAUCUACUGAGAGUGGUCAAGAAUAUCAAGUAUAGGUAUAAAAACCUGGAGAGCCCAUCUAUAUGGUCCGUCCAGUUCAAGAAGGAAGGCUACUCUCUUCCUCCACUGUACUCAGACCUACAAAACAUCAUUCACAAGUUCCAAGAAGAAGUGACUCUGGACCCCAAAACAGCACACCCCAGUCUGUGUGUGUCUGAAGAUAGAAAGACUGUUAAUUAUGUGCAAAAACAAUCACAAGAUGAUGGGGAAGUGAGGGAGCCUGACUAUGCAGUGGUUCUGGGCUCUGAAGGAUACAGUUCUGGCCGACAUUACUGGGAGGUGCAGGUGGGUGACAAGACUGAGUGGGCUGUGGGGGUGUGCACAGAUGCUCCUUUCCGCAAGGGGCAGCCCCCCCUGUCGGGUCAUAAUAGUUCUUGGACAAUCCAGCUACAGGAUGGCAACUACUUGGCUGGAGGCUCUGUACCUGUCCUUCUCUCUGUGAAGAACAAGCCCCAAAAGAUUGGCAUUUACCUGGACUAUGAGUUGGGUCAGAUUUCCUUUUAUGAUGCUAGGGACAGGUCUCACAUCCAUUCUUUAAUUGAGACAUUUUCUGGUGUAUUAAAGCCUUAUUUCUGGGUGGGCUGGCAUUCUACCCCUCUUAUACUGUGUGAAGUAGAGAUUCUAUAG